CUUUAUGGUUAAUCGUUGAUGUGUCGGUGGCAUUGGUUGCAGACUUGCUAUUAUUUUUUGCCUGCUUGCAGUCAGGCAAAGAGUAAAAUUCGAAAUAUUUAUGUGUUAAUUAAGGCAGUAAAGCAGUAGGUGAUAUAUAAGUUUGAUAAGUAACAAAAAAUCAAAACUCAACGUGAGCGGGAAACGGUUUACUUUGCAGCUUUGCACUUUGCAGUCUUCGCAUGUGGGUGUGCGAUCACAUACACGGUGCCUUCGUCCGACUCUGACAAUCUUCGCGAGUUCUAAUUCUCUGAUUCUCUCUGCCAGUGCCAGGCAGUGUGUAAUAUAACGUGGUGUAACCACAACACACGCCAUCAUAUAUUCAUGGUUCGUAGUAUUCAUGUAUGUUAAUUUAUGUAUGGUUAUGGUAUACCAGCAGUGCUGCAAAAGUUCAAUGAAAAAAAGACAAAUUGAGUGUCCGACCGUGACGACAAAGUCAGACGUAUGCGAGCCAAAGUUUUUAUAAUUCGCUGUGUAUUUCGGUGUGAUGGAAUGAGUGAGGAAAAGAGCGUGUGAUUAUAAUCACACUCCGACGUAAAACAUGUCAGACCCCUCGCCGCAGUCAUCACCGAUGCCACCACCAAGCAAUCAAAUGGGUCCACCGGCCCAGCAGCAGACGACUACCUCACCUUCGAGCCAACACGGCAGUCCCGUGCCUGGUUUUUCAGAGGUAGCGGUAUCGAAGUCACAGUCACCACAAGCUGUUGGACCUUCGUUGCAAAUGUCCCAGCAGCCGGGCUUUGUUGCACCCCAAACAGCAUCUCAACAGGCUGUCCAGGGCUACACCCACCCAGUGCAACAACAGAUGCCACCCAGUAUGGGUAUUACAGGCCAACACUUUCCUCAAAGUCCAUCUCAGGGCUUUGAAGCUGCCCAAUCCUGUCCACUUGUGCCUCCUCCACAGACUGGAGCUCCUCCUAUGAUGCAGCAGACACAAUUGACUCAGCUACAGCAAGCUUCGCCUGGCCAUCAGACAAGUGUGCAGCAACGCUACACUGCACAAGCUUCACAGAUGUCAGCUAGUAUGGGAGUUAUGGGUCCAAGUGGACCAUCAGGCCCAGUGGCCACUGCUCAGCCUGUGAAAAUAACACCACAACAGAUUGGCCCCAUGGGAGCAAUACCAGUUGGUCCUGGACAGACAGGUGCUAUCGCUUCGUCUCAUUCACCUAACCCUAGUCAUGCUCAUGUGCCACAGAUGACGCAAAACAUAGGUAAUCAACCGCAACCUCUAAAUGGUACUAUAGCUCCGCUCCCGGUUAUACAAGGCCCAGUGCAAAAUGGUAUAUCAGGAUCAGAAAUGGGAUCAAGUGCCGGAGCUGCUCACAAUACCCUUAUUGGCUUGCAGAAAGCAAUUGAUGCGAUGGAAGAUAAAGGAUUGCAAGAUGAUCCGCGUUACGCUCAACUCCUUGCAUUGAAAGCUAAACAGCUUGGAACAAGCAAUAGUGAUAAGCAAUCUCUUAGUAAUCCACAAGUUCAGCAGCUCCGAGCGCAAAUAAUGGCCUACCGCUCUCUUGCGCGUAAUCAGCCUCUGACGCAGCAGCAAGUACUCGCUGUGCAAGGUCAAAAGUCCUUGGACGUAGUACAAUCUCUAAUGCCACUAACAGCUCCAGGGGUUCCUGGAUUUGUAGGUCCUCCAAAAUCGAACCAAGGACCACAACAGCAAGGACCUCAAGCUGGUUCCAAACCCAACAAAGUUACCCCAGUAGGGAAACCUUCCGGAUUGGAUCCGCUGAUUCUAUUGCAAGAGCGAGAGAAUCGAGUUGCUGCACGAAUCGCUCUUCGCGUGGAGCAACUCAAUUACAUGCCUACAAAUAUGCCGGAAGAUUUACGCAUUCAUGCUCAAAUUGAGCUUGGCAUGCUCAGGGUAUUGAAUUUCCAAAGGCAGCUUAGAACAGAAAUAUUGGCGUGCACUCGUAAAGACACUACCCUAGAAACGGCAGUGAACGCCAAAGUUUACAAACGCACAAAACGACAAGGGUUGCGAGAAGCUCGUGCCACUGAGAAACUCGAGAAGCAGCAAAAAUUGGAAGCUGAAAGAAAGCGUCGCCAAAAGCAUCAAGAAUUCAUCAGCUCAGUGUUACAGCAUAGUAAAGAUUUUAAAGAAUUCCAUAGGAAUAAUGUCGCAAGGCUGUCACGUCUUAAUAAAGCUAUACUCAAUCAUCACGCCAAUGCCGAAAGAGAACAAAAGAAGGAGCAGGAGAGGAUAGAGAAAGAACGUAUGCGACGCCUCAUGGCAGAGGACGAGGAGGGUUACAGAAAGCUCAUCGAUCAAAAGAAAGAUAAACGUCUUGCUUUCCUUCUAUCUCAAACUGAUGAGUAUAUUGGAAAUCUCACAGAGAUGGUCAAACAGCACAAGAUGGAACAAAAAAAGAAGCAAGUCGAGGAACAAAAGCGCAAGAAGAAAAAAAAGAGGUUGUCGAUGGAAGGCGAGAAUGGCGAGGGAUUCGACGGCGAAGAUGUCCGAGUCGAGGUGAUGGAGACCGCUACUGGUCGUACUUUAAGUGGUGACGAAGCUCCGUUCCUGAGCCAACUGAAUGCAUUUCUCGAAUCGCAUCCGGGCUGGGAGGCUGUAGAGACUGACAGUGAAGAGGACGACGAUGACGAAGACGAAAAUGGCCAAGAGAAUGAAAACGGAAACGAAAACGAUAGAUCAUACGUAGAAGAGUUUAAGCAUAAAAAGACCAUACAGAAGACCAAGGUAGAGGACGACGAGUACAAGACUGAAGAGCAGACGUAUUAUAGUAUCGCUCAUACCGUACAUGAGAGCGUCACGGAGCAGGCAUCUAUCAUGGUAAAUGGUCUGCUAAAAGAAUAUCAAGUCAAAGGCUUAGAAUGGAUGGUUUCGUUGUUCAAUAACAACCUCAAUGGUAUUUUGGCCGACGAGAUGGGUCUCGGUAAAACCAUCCAGACUAUAUCUCUUAUCACGUAUCUAAUGGAAAAGAAGAAAGUGAACGGACCUUUCCUCAUCAUUGUUCCUCUGUCGACGCUCUCGAAUUGGAUACUUGAAUUCGAAAAGUGGGCGCCUAGCGUCGUCGUUGUUUCGUACAAAGGAUCUCCGGCCGGUAGGCGAACAAUACAGUCGCAAAUGCGUGCCACCAAGUUUAACGUUUUAUUAACCACGUACGAAUACAUAAUCAAAGACAAAAGUGUCUUAGCUAAGCUCCAGUGGAAGUACAUGAUCAUUGACGAGGGUCACAGAAUGAAAAAUCAUCAUUGUAAAUUAACCCACGUGUUGAACACUCAUUAUAUCGCGCCUCAUCGUUUGUUGCUUACCGGUACGCCCUUGCAAAAUAAGCUUCCCGAGUUGUGGGCUUUAUUAAAUUUCUUGCUCCCGUCUAUCUUCAAAUCCUGUAGUACGUUCGAACAGUGGUUUAACGCGCCUUUCGCCACUACCGGUGAGAAAGUUGAACUUAACGAAGAAGAAACUAUCCUUAUUAUCCGUCGUCUGCACAAAGUUUUGCGUCCUUUCUUGCUGAGACGCCUCAAGAAGGAAGUUGAGUCUCAGCUGCCUGAUAAAGUAGAGUAUAUUAUUAAAUGUGAUAUGUCGGGUCUGCAAAAGGUGCUCUACAAGCACAUGCAGAGUAAAGGUGUGUUAUUAACUGACGGCUCGGAAAAAGGUAAACGCGGCAAGGGAGGUGCGAAAGCUCUCAUGAACACUAUUGUGCAGCUCCGAAAGCUUUGCAAUCAUCCCUUCAUGUUCCACCACAUUGAAGAAAAAUACUGUGAGUAUUUAGGUAUUCAGGGAAGUGGUGUGAUAACCGGGCCUCUCUUGUACCGCGCGUCUGGCAAAUUCGAAUUGCUGGAUCGAAUUUUACCCAAGCUGAAAGCCACGUCUCAUAGGGUACUAUUGUUCUGUCAAAUGACGCAGCUAAUGACGAUAAUGGAGGACUAUCUGAAUUAUCGAGGAUUCCUGUAUUUAAGAUUAGAUGGAACAACCAAAGCUGAAGAUCGGGGUGAUCUGUUGAAAAAGUUUAACGACCCGGCCUCUAAUUAUUUUCUGUUCAUUUUGUCGACGCGAGCUGGCGGUCUUGGUUUGAAUCUCCAGGCGGCAGAUACUGUAAUUAUUUUUGACUCCGACUGGAAUCCCCACCAAGAUUUGCAAGCGCAGGAUCGAGCUCACCGUAUUGGACAGAAAAACGAAGUAAGAGUACUGCGACUGAUGACCGUAAACUCUGUGGAGGAGCGAAUCUUGGCUGCCGCCAGGUACAAGCUCAACAUGGACGAGAAGGUCAUUCAAGCUGGUAUGUUUGACCAAAAGUCUACGGGCUCGGAGAGACAGCAGUUUUUGCAAACCAUAUUACAUCAAGACGAUGCAGACGACGAGGAGGAAAACGAAGUUCCGGAUGACGAAACGGUAAAUCAGAUGAUCGCCAGAAGUGAAACUGAAUUCGAGGAGUUUCAGAAAAUGGACCUGGAAAGGAGGAGAGAAGAAUCAAAAAUGUGCUUCAACAGGAAAUCGAGGUUGUUGGAUGAAUCAGAAUUACCGGAAUGGCUCAUCAAGGAUGACGAGGAAGUUGAAAAAUGGGCCUAUGAAGAGGAUGAGGAUAAGUCUGUAAUGGGCCGAGGUUCAAGACAACGUAAAGAGGUUGACUACACAAAUAGUCUUACCGAAAAAGAAUGGCUGAAGGUUAUUGGAGAAGAAGGCCUCGAUUUGGAAGAGGAAGAAGAAGAUGAUAAAAAAAAGAAGACAACGAGAAAGAGAAGAAGGAAGGGAGAUGAUGACGACGACUCGAUGCCACGAAAGAGGAAAGCACACAUUGAUCCAAAGCUAAAGAAAAGAAUGAAGAAAGUUUUGUCUAUAGUGAUCAACUAUACAGACAAUCCAGAUGGUCAUCGGUUGAGCGAACCGUUUAUGGAUUUGCCACCUCGGCGUGAAUUUCCCGACUACUAUGAAAUCAUCAAAAGACCUCUUGCCAUUAACAAAUUGAUUCAAAAGAUCGACGACGGUAAAUAUACCGACUUGGACGAUUUGGAGAAAGACUUCAUGCAAUUAUGUAAAAAUGCACAAAUCUAUAAUGAAGAGGCUUCGCUAAUCUACGAAAAUUCCCGUACGCUGCAAACCGUCUUUAGAAAUGCACGACUCAGGAUUGAGGCUGAGAGUCAAGCUUCAGAGGACGAAAGGGAAAUUCGAGAAGUGGAAGAAGGACCUGAUACAGAUCCCAGUAUGAGGAUGAAAAUUAAAUUGAAAGGUCGAAAAGGCGAAGGAAGUGGAAGAGGACGAAGAAAACGAAUAUCCAAAAAGUUUAUAUCUGACGAAGAAGAGGAGAUAAUGAUAGUUGAAAAUAAUGUAUAAAUCUAUGCAAAAAUGUAGGAUGUAUGUUUAUGAGAGAAUCUUUAGGCUAAAGAAAUGAGCCUAAAAUGAACUAAAGAGUGUAAUUUUUCAACAAAUGGCUGUUGUUUAAAGUCUAUGGGUGUAGAGUGUAAAACUUUUAGAUUUAGUGAUAAUCGUUAAUUGACACUUUAGGUAUUACUGUCUAUUGUUUGAUUACUCCUUUCUUUAUACUAUUUUUCGAACACUUUAAUAAAGUGGUGGAUUGUAUUAUACUAUCAUGUGAACAAAAUAAAUGAUAUGAUUUGAAUCGUGGAA